AUUAGCCUGCGCUGGAACGGCAGAAAUGAGGAACCGAAAUGAGAAUCUGAUCAUCUGCGGAACAAACUCGCUGAACACUGGACGAACACCGCAGGUCCGUUCGGGUAAAGCGCGCCCUCGUUUCUCUUCGCCCGCAAACCGGAUUCCUUCUAAAGUCGUUUCCGUCUACUACCAGUUCCGGUUUACCUCAGUUCCGCGAGACAAAUCGCCCCGGUGGCUUCACCUCGAUGUCCCCGGUGGUCCCGGUGGAGCUGUGACACGCACGGGGACGGAAGCGCGUGGAACAUGACCGUCGGCGGUCUGAGCGAACCGGUCCUGGAGCGGUUGUCCCAGAUGUUGGACAACACCACCUGCGGAUGGAGGCAGCUGGCCGACGCCGUGGCCGAGCAGCCGCAAUUCCGCUGCAGUGAGAGCGAGCUGACCAGCUGCUCGCUGCAGGUGCUGAGCACGGCGGGCAGUCCGGGCCGAGCCCUGCUGGCUCGGCUGGCCGACCGGUCCUGCUCCCUGGACUUCCUGCUGCACUGCCUCAGGAAGAUGGACCACCAGGAAGCUGUGCGGUACCUCACCACCACAUCGGCAGAGCUGAUCCAGAUCACAGCGCAGCCACAGAACCAGCAGGCCACAGCAGGGGGCAUGGUGGUGUUGACCUGCAGAGCCUCCGGUCCCCCUGGACUCAGCUACCAGUGGUUCAGAGGCAAAGACGAGGUUUUGGAUGGGACAGGAAAUACACCAGAGCUGGUUCUGCGUCCUUCAGUCUCGGCCCACCAGGGUCACUACAUCUGUCGAGUGCACCACGGGGGCAACUUUACCUUCUCGCGGUGGGCUCACGUUCGCUUCGUCCAGGCUGCAGGUGCCAGUCCGGAAACCUUUGUCGUCUCAGGCUGCAGCAGCAGUGUGUUUCCAGGGUCCGCAAGUGGGCUGCGUAUCAAUCUUCAGCCUCGGUCCCAGGCGGUGUCUGAGGGCGACCCUCUGAUCCUGGAGUGCAACGCGGAGGCCAACCCGCCUGUGCAGUACGAGUGGUACCACAACGCGGUGCCCAUGAAAGAACACAAGACGCGCGUUCUCCAGAUCCCAUGUGUGACCACAGCACAUAGAGGACAAUACAAGUGCAGGAUUUUCAAUUUGUAUCAUGAGGCCUGCAGUGACACAGCGACGAUAACCAUCGGCCCCAGUUCCAUCACCGAUGCAUCCUGGGUAGAAAUUGAUCGUGGUCCAGACUCACAGGAAGUUCACAGGUCGAGCUACGGACCCGAAUUACACCAAAUGCAAGAGACGGUCAACCCAACCCCACUAGUCAAGCAGUUCUAUGCCACGGACAAAGUCGCUCUCCUGAUUGGCAACAUGAACUACCUCUACCACACUCAGCUGUGCGCUCCCAUCGCUGACGUCCACGAGUUGACCAACCUUCUCAGACAAAUGGACUUCAAGGUGGUUUCUCUGCUCGACCUGAACUGGCAGGAGAUGCACAGCGCCGUAACGGAGUUCCUCUUGCUGCUCGACAAGGGAGUCUACGGCUUGCUGUACUUUGCUGGUCAUGGUUACGAGAACUACGGCAACAGCUUCAUGGUUCCCAUCGACGCGCCGUCCUCCUACACCUCCGAGCACUGCUUGUGUGUGCAGAACAUACUAACCAGGAUGCAGGAAAAAGAGACUGGGCUUAACGUAUUGCUGCUAGACAUGUGCCGCAAAAGAAACCUAUACGACGUUGUCAUCGUACAACCAGGGCUGCUCAAGGUGACAGCAAAUAUAGUGUUUGGAUAUGCCACCUGCGCGGACGCUGAAGCAUACGAGGUGAAAAGGGAAGACGUGUCCAACGGCAUCUUCAUAAGCUUCCUCAAACGGCGGGUCUGUGAAGACGAGAAGGUCACGGUCAUGCUCGACAGAGUAGCUGAAGACAUGGGGCGCUGUGAGAUCACUCGAGGGAGACAGGCGCUGGAGCUGCGCAGUAAUCUGUCUGAGCGGCGUUCCCUCACCGACCGGAUACAAACCGCCGUCUGCUCCGCGUCCCAUUCGGCGCGAAACCUGCAGUGGGCCGUUGCGAACGUCCUACCAAAGAGCCUUUGCCUGCAGUUUGACUGUGGAGUGAAGGUCCAGCUUGGAUUUGCUGCAGAGUUCUCCAACAUCAUGGUCAUCUACUCUCGGAUACUUGAGAAGCCCCCAGAAAUAGUUUCCUGUUGUGCUCAGCUUACGGACUUCCCCGAGGAUGUGGACAUUGAUCUGAAGAAGAGUAACCAGGAAACUCUUCUUGAAGCCGGAAGUUUAUUAUUGGUCAGAGAAGAUCUUCCUUCACCCGAAGUCCCGAGUCUCUACACGCGAAUCCGAUGCCUCCAGAGACUCAAAAGGGAGCUCACAUUCACCAUCUGCCUUCAUUACACCUAUUCCAACAUGGAUGAUGAGGUCCAGGAAAGGCAGCCAGUGACCGUCGGCAAGCCAUUGGUCUCCAAACUCAACCUGCAUGAGCCCCGACCGCCUCCGGCCCAGUCUGCCUCCUCCUCCUCCUCGUCCUCCUUCGGCCUCGACUCCUUCAACGUUCCCGAGAGCUCCUCCUGUGCCUCUUUUGGUUCAGCCUCCAGCGCGUGGUCAUAUCACGCACAAUCUGGCCAAAUAUCUUCCAGGAACCAAUCGACAACUUCAUUCAGGAGUGCCAAUAUUCCAGAGGAGACCGACAGUAAAUGCUUUGAUGCCCCGCAACCCCUUGUUGCCAGCAAAAGUCUGCCCCACGGCCAGAUAAAUGACACAAAGUACAAGUUUAGUGACAUGUACAAUUUUCAUUCUCACUGAGGAUUAUUAAAACACACAAUUAAGACAACAAAUAAAGUACAAAUAAACAUUUUUUUGAAUUGCUGUUUUAGUGAAGCUGAUGAGACAUGGUUCAUUGUUAGUGGCUAAUGUAACGUAUGAUAGUCCUAACUAUGCAUUAAUUGUUUGUAAUAUUCUAUGCAUAUAUAUUUUUUACAAUAAACUGAUACAUAAUAAAGGCAAUGAAUAAAAACA